AUGGCCACCACAAAGAGCAAGCUGGCUUCAUUCACAUCCAGCCCGCCGGCAGAGGACUCUGAGGGCCCUGAUCUCCUAUCUUUGCUAGAGAAGAGGCAAUCAGAAGCAUACCACAACAUUCAUUUUAAUGUAACGUCUGUAAAUGGCGAGUUUCAGACCCGGAGUAAACGCAACUUCAACAAACGGAUUUCCUUCGAUACCAUCAAUAUUUCCUAUGACGACGACGACGACGAAGACGAAUAUGACGAAGAGUUCUUGGGAAGAUACGAGUUCCUGGAUCGAAAUCGUGGCCGCAACAGAUAUAGGUCACCAUCACCUUCGCAUUCUCCUCUCCAUUCUCCAUCCCGUCGAAUGUUGUCCCCACUUGGAGAUCAGCCCAUGGAUAGCAGUGUAUUCAGGCUUCCUCCACGCACAGACUACCCUACUCGCCCCAUUAUUACCCACCGUGGAUGCACAUAUACCAAAAUUCACCGUCAAUGGGAAGAGCUCUACCAGGGAAAUUUGGAGAUAGCGCCGGUUCUACCCCAUAGAGUUAUCUUGGUGUACAUUUCCGGCCGCCAGCAUACUUGGGUAGCACUAGACUGGAUCUUGUCCAAGUAUAUUGAGCAUGGAGACUCGGUUGUCAUAGUUGCAUCUAUUCCUCGUGAAUUUCCUGCGAGAAGACGGUCUACUUUCCGGUCUCCAACCCCACCACCAAAUGCAAGAACACCCGUCACACGUAUGAGACAGCGCCAUCGUCCAGAAUACGCCAAGGUGAUAGCUAAGAAUGUCAUGAGCUACGCAAUGCAGGUGAUAAAUCCACAAGUCAUCUCAAAGGUUUCGGUGGAAUUGGCCCUCGGCGGAACAAAGGAGGUUUUGAAAGAGAUGUACAAGUUGUACGAGCCCAAUAUGGUGUCUACAGGUGCAAAGAUCAACUUAAAGUCGAGUGCACCUCUUCGUUCGUGGAAUUCAUCCAGACUCAGUGAUAGACUUGUGAAGAAUUUCCCACUUCCAGUUGUCGUUGUGCCUGCCGUUAACAUGAACAAAUUUGAAACUACGUUGCAAAGUAGACUCAACGAGGAAGAUCAUGGUGUUUCCACCGCCUCUACAACAUCUGUUCUUGGGAACGAAGACAGUGAUAGUGCGUCUAUAAAUUCCGAAGUCUCGUCCAGUACCACAAAUUCCGACGAGUCGUACUCGUCUUAUGAUGAGAUCAGCAAGAUUUAUGGAGAUUAUCGUCAAUCCAUAACCAAAAAACUACAAGCACUCAAAAAGAAGGAUAUGGGAGAUUCCUACUUUGCCAACUUUCUCACUAUGAUGUCCGACAAGUCUGUUGAUCUCUGCAACGAUAUUAGAGAUAUUAACCCACAUUUUUCCGGUCGUGGUGCCAAGCUUGCCAGGGCUAUAACUGGAUCUAAUGCAUUCGGUACAGUUCCAUAUAAGACAAAAUCGCUACUUGAACCAUCGGAAAAGGCCAAAUCUCUGCAAAACUUGUCUUAUAAAGAAAUGAUGAAAAAUCUCAAGACAAAUUCCCAGCCGCCGGAAAUUAACGUUGAGCAACAUGAAGAGGACCACACAAAAGCGCCCAAAGCUUCAGCGCUCAAAUUUGUCGAUCCAGAACCUCCUAGAAAGGAAAAAUCAUUUACUCUAUUGAAGAAAUCACUUUCGCACGAUAUGUCUGAUCUGAAUGUCAGACCCAAGCUUGAGCCACUCAAGUCGCAUCCUGACCUCCACGCCGUGUCUUCAGGGACGGGGUCUCCUAAGGAGAACUCUGACAAGCCCAAGAAGAAGAAGAAAAGAAGUAAACUCUGGAGUCUCUUUAAGUAG